GAGGGAAUCCUGAGGCUUUUUAGGCGAGACUUUUAGGAGGGGAAAAAUUGAAUUGUUAGUCCUUUUGAGAUCGGCAAGCGAUUCAAUUGGUAAAUUAUCGUCAUUUCAAAUUAACGACACACGUGCAAAAACACGUAAAAACAUUGAUUACGUAACAGAAAGUUGAAAGACUGCAUGCAAGUAGCCGCCAUAAAAGGAGAUAAUGGCGGGGCACGAUUUGGAUUGGCAACGAAGCAAUCGCGAAAAAAUGUCAAAUUGAUGUCAAAUCCGUCGCUCUAUGGAAGUUCAUGUAGCUCACGACCAUAGCAUUCGCCGAAGGGCUAUCAAUUCUCUUCACUGGUUCAGGAAAGAUCUGAGACUUCAUGACAACCCGGCUCUUCGGGAGGCUGUCUUGAACUGUGAUACAUUCCGAGUUGUCUAYAUCUUCGAUACACGAAAUGCCCAAAACUCGACAAUCGGGAUAAAUCUGUGGCGUUUUUUACUUCAGUCGCUUGAGGAAUUAGACGGUAGUUUAAGAAAAUUGAAUUCACGUUUAUUCGUCGUUCGUGGCCAGCCUGCUGAUGUAUUACCUCGGCUAUUCGAGCAAUGGAGGAUCACAAAAUUGACCUUUACWGAAGAUACGGAACCAUUUGGUAAAGAGAGGGACUCUGCUAUUCGUAUGCUAGCKAGAGAGGCUGGCAUAGAUGUUGUAGUUAAAAGGUCCAAUACGUUAUACGAUUUACAAGAGCCUGGAUAGCAAGUUUUGAGCAGCCAAAGAUUAAUUCCAAUAGUUUAAUUGCUACAACCAAUGGCGUUAGUCCAUACCUUCGAUUUGGAUGCCUUUCACCAAGGCUUUUCUACCAUCGUUUGUCAGACCUGUUCAGAAAGUUAAAAAGAAAGGUGCCGCCAAUUUCUCUUUAUGGUCAAUUGCUUUGGAGAGAAUUCUUCUACUGUGUCUCAACUAAUAAUCCAAACUUUGAUAAAAUGGUGCACAACCCAUUGUGUUUGCAAGUAGAGUGGAGAGAUGAUGGUCGAGUUGAAGAGGACUUAGAGCGAUGGGCGAAGGGUCAGACAGGCUUCCCAUGGAUUGAUGCUGUAAUGGCUCAAGUGAGGCAGGAGGGCUGGAUUCACCCUUUAGCAAGAUAUGCDGCUGCAUCGUUCCUAACAAGAGGAGACCUUUGGAUUAGUUGGGAAAGAGGAGUWAAGGUAUUUGAGGAGUUUCUUCUAGAUGCUGACUGGAGUAUUAAUGCUGGGAAUUGGAUGUGGCAUUCAUGUAGUGCMUUCUCUCAGCACUUCUUCUAUCCUCAAUGUCCUAUAGGAUUUGGAAAGAGACUUGAUGCUAAUGGUGACUACAUAAG